GCCUGCCUGCCACCUCCGUGGCGAAGGGGACACAGGUCCCUGCGGAUGUGAUGGCCCGGCUAUGGCUGUCCUGCUUCCUGCUUCCUGCUCUCGUGGUGUCUGUGGCAGCCAAUAAGGCCCCGAAGUUCCUGGCCAACAUGACGUCAGUGAUCCUGCCCGAGGACCUGCCUGUGGGUGCCCAGGUCUUCUGGUUGGUAGCUGAAGACCCAGACAAUGACCCUCUGACCUAUGGGAUGAGCGGCCCCAAUGCCUACUUCUUCGCUGUCACUCCGAACACUGGGGAAGUGAAACUGGCCAGCGCUCUGGACUACGAGACACUCUACACAUUCAAAGUCACUAUCUCCGUGAGCGACCCCUACACCCAGGUGAGUCGGGAGGUGCCGGGGGGUCGACAGGGAUUGUCAAGAGGCAUGACACCAUUAGAGUGUAGCCAAUCUGCAAGGCACACGACGCGUGAGAGCCUUGUGUCGCGGGCUGCGUAUAAGGAGUUGUCAAGGACUAAUAGGAGACUGCGUCUUCUGAGUGUUACGCUCUUUGCUUCCGGGGCUCCGAAAAUCAGGAAGCAGUUCCAGGUGGUGGAGAGGGCUGUUGGGGAGGGAGGAGGUGAGAUCCUCCUCUCUCUGCCGUCGCACAGCUGCCUCCACCCGCAGCCCUGGUAUGGGAAGGACAGGGGGAACACUACCCUGCCCGUGGGCAGCGUGGGUGUUUCUCCGUGCCUGGCCGUGGAUAAAGACAUAGGACCCUGCCGGCAAUGGUGGUGUACUCCCAUACGAGAAGACCACAGACCCGUUCUUCCCGCCCACGACUGCUCCCCAGGUCUUGGUCCAGUUCCACAGACAGGCAGCAAUGGGACCUUCCUGUUGUCGCUGGGGGGCCCCGACGCAGAAGCCUUCAGUGUCUCCCCGGAGCGGGCAGCGGGCUCAGCCUCCGUUCAGGUGCUGGUGAGAGUGUCCGCGCUGGUGGACUACGAGAGGCAGACGGUGAUGGUGGUGCAGGUCGUGGCCACAGACUCAGUCAGCCAGAACUUCUCCAUCGCCAUGGUGACCAUCCACCUUAGAGACAUUAAUGACCACAGGCCCACAUUUCCCCAGAGCUUGUACGUCCUCAGGGUGUCGGAGCACAGCGCCACCCAUCUACGGGCAGGAGGCCAAGCAACGGGUCCCUCCCUGCAGACCCUGCCCGUGGGCAGCGUGGUGUUCUCCGUGCUGGCCGUGGAUAAAGACAUAGGACCUGCCGGCAUGGUGGUGUACUCCAUAGAGAAGGUCAUCCCUAGCACUGGGGACAGCGAGCAUCUCUUCCGGAUCCUGGCCAAUGGCUCCAUCAUCCUCAAUGGCAGCCUCAGCUACAACAACAAGAGCGCUUUCUACCAGCUGGAGCUGAAGGCCUGUGAUUUGGGCGACAUGUUCAACAACAGCUUCACCAUCCAGUGCUCCCUGCCUGCCUUCCUGUCCAUCUCCGUGGUGGACCAGCCUGACCUUGACCCCCAGUUUGUCAGGGAGUUUUACUCGGCCUCUGUGGCUGAGGACGCAGCCAAGGGAACCUCGGUGCUGAAAGUGGAGGCUGUGGAUGGCGACAAAGGCAUCAAUGACCCUGUGAUCUACAGCAUCUCCAACUCCACGCGGCCCGGCUGGUUUGACAUCGGGGCAGAUGGGGUGAUCAGGGUCAACGGCUCCCUGGACCGUGAGCAACUGCUGGAGGAGGAUGAGGAGGUGCAGCUGCAGGUCACGGCCACCGAGACACACCUCAACAUCUACGGGCAGGAGGCCAAGGUGAGCAUCUGGGUGACAGUGAGAGUGUUGGACGUCAAUGACCACAAACCUGAGUUUUACAACUGCAGCCUCCCAGCCUGCACCUUCACCCCCGAAGAGGCCCAAGUGAACUUCACUGGCUACGUGGACGAGCAUGCCUCCCCCCGCAUCCCCAUCGAUGACCUCACCAUGGUGGUCUACGACCCGGACAAGGGCAGCAAUGGGACCUUCCUGUUGUCGCUGGGGGGCCCCGACGCAGAAGCCUUCAGUGUCUCCCCGGAGCGGGCAGCGGGCUCAGCCUCCGUUCAGGUGCUGGUGAGAGUGUCCGCGCUGGUGGACUACGAGAGGCAGACGGUGAUGGUGGUGCAGGUCGUGGCCACAGACUCAGUCAGCCAGAACUUCUCCAUCGCCAUGGUGACCAUCCACCUUAGAGACAUUAAUGACCACAGGCCCACAUUUCCCCAGAGCUUGUACGUCCUCAGGGUGUCGGAGCACAGCGCCACCGGCUCUGUGGUCACCGACAGCAUCCACGCCACGGACCCAGACACGGGCGCAUGGGGCCAAAUUACCUACAGCCUGCUCCCAGGAAAUGGGGUAGACCUCUUCCAAGUGGAUCCCGUCUCAGGGACGGUGACGGUGAGGAACGGUGAGCUGCUGGACCGGGAGAUCCAGGCCGUGUACUACCUGACACUGCAGGCCACAGAUGGUGGGAACCUGUCCUCCUCCACCAUGCUGCAGAUCCACCUGCUGGACAUCAAUGACAACGCGCCCGUGGUCAGCGGCUCCUACAACAUCUUCGUCCAGGAGGAGGAGGGCAAUGUCUCCGUGACCAUCCAGGCCCACGAUAAUGAUGAGCCGGGCACCAACAACAGCCGUCUGCUCUUCAGCCUGCUGCCUGGCCCCUACAACCACAACUUUUCCUUGGACCCCGACACAGGGCUCCUCAGAAACCUGGGGCCCCUGGACAGAGAGGCCAUCGACCCCGCCCUGGGGGGCCGCAUUGUGCUGACAGUGCUUGUGUCUGACUGCGGAGAGCCUGUCCUCAGCACCAAAGUCAAUGUCACCAUCACUGUGGAGGACAUCAAUGACAACCUGCCCAUCUUCAACCAGUCCAGCUAUAACUUUACGGUGAAGGAGGAGGAUCCAGGAGUGCUAGUAGGCGUGGUGAAGGCCUGGGAUGCAGACCAGACGGAAGUCAACAACCGCAUCAGCUUCAGCCUGUCAGGGAGUGGUGCCAACUACUUCAUGAUCCGAGGCUUGGUGCUGGGGGCUGGGUGGGCUGAGGGCUACCUCCGGCUGCCCCCGGACGUGAGCCUGGACUACGAGACACAGCCCGUCUUCAACUUGACAGUGAGUGCCGAGAACCCAGACCCCCAGGGGAGUGAGACCAUAGUAGACGUCCACGUGAAUGUGAAAGAUGUGAACGACAAUCCCCCCACCCUGGAUGUAGCCUCACUCCGGGGCAUCCGUGUGGCUGAGAAUGGCUCACAGCACGGCCAGGUGGCUGUGGUGGUUGCCUCGGAUGUGGACACCAGCGCCCAGCUGGAGAUACAACUUGUGAACAUUCUCUGCACCAAGGCCGGGGUCGAUGUGGGCAGCCUGUGCUGGGGCUGGUUCUCAGUGGUGGCCAACGGCUCUGUGUACAUCAACCAGAGUGAAGCCAUUGACUACGAGGCCUGUGACCUGGUCACGCUGGUUGUGCGGGCCUGUGACCUAGCCACGGACCCUGGCUUCCAGGCCUACAGCAACAAUGGAAGCCUCCUCAUUACCAUCGAGGACAUAAAUGACAAUGCACCCUAUUUUCUGCCUGAGGAUAAGACUUUUGUGAUCAUCCCUGAACUUGUGCUGCCCAACCGGGAGGUGGCUUCUGUCCGGGCCAGAGACGAUGAUUCAGGGAACAAUGGCCUCAUCCUGUUCUCCAUCCUCCGAGUAGACUUCAUCUCUAAGGACGGGGCCACCAUCCCUUUCCAGGGCAUCUUCUGGAUCUCCAACUCCUCCGAGGCCGGCGUGUUCACUGGGAGCAUUCAGCCAGUGACCAGCCUUGAUUCCACUCUCCAAGGCACCUACCAAGUGACAGUCCAGGCCAGGGACACACCUUCCGUGGGUCUUUCCCUGGAAGCCAACACCACCCUGAAUCUCUUCACCGUGGACCAGAGUUACCGCUCGCGGCUGCAGUUCUCCAUACCAAAGGCGGAGGUGGGCGCCAACAGACAGGCGAUUAAUGAGGCUCUUACCCGGGCAACCAGGACUACAGUAUACAUUGUGGACAUUCAGGACAUAGAUUCUGCAGCUCGGGCCCGAGCUCACUCCUACCUCGAUGCCUACUUUGUCUUCCCCAAUGGGUCGGCCUUGACCCUUGAUGAGCUGAGCGUGAUGAUCCGGAAUGAUCAGGACUCGCUGAUGCAGCUGCUGCAGCUGGGGCUGGUGGUGCUGGGCUCCCAGGAGAGCCAGAAGUCAGACCUGUCAAAUCAGCUCAUCAGCGUCAUCAUAGGAUUGGGAGUGGCUUUGCUGCUGGUCCUUGUGAUCAUGAUCACGGCCUUCAUGUGUGUGCGGAAGAGCUACAACCGGAAGCUUCGAGCUAUGAAGGCUGCCAAGGAGGCCAGGAAGACAGCAGCAGGGGUGAUGCCCUCAGUCCCCGCCAUCCCAGGGACUAACAUGUACAACAAUGAGCGAGCCAAUCCCAUGCUGAACCUCUCCAACAAAGACCUGGGCUUGGAGUACCUCUCUUCCUCCAAUGACUUGGACUAUGUCAGCAUCAACUCCCUGGACGACAACUCUGUGGAUGUGGAGAAGAACAGUGAGAAAAUCAAGGAGUACAGGCCACCGCACACACCACCAGAGCCAGAUCCAGAGCCCCUGAGUGUGGUCCUGUCAAGACAGCAGGCAGGUGCAAGCGGACAGCUGGAGGGGCCGUCCUACACCAACGCUGGCCUGGACACCACAGACCUGUGACAGAGGCCCCCACUCUUCUGGCCCCCCCUCGAAGAGGCCCCACCACACCCUAACUGCACCUGUCUCACUGGAGAUGAAAAUAUAUGACACUGCCCUGCCUCCUGCUUUUGGCCAAUCAUGGCAGACAGGGGUUGGGGAAACAUUUUAUUACCAA